AUGGAUGUGAAAAUUAAGGGCGCCCAUUUAGUCGGACGUUGGUUGUGGGAUUGUCGCAAUGAUACAUGUGGUAUAUGUCGACAACACUUUGAGGCGUGUUGCCCACAAUGCCGCUUUCCCGGGGAUGACUGCCCCAUUCUAACAGGGAGGUGCACGCACACAUUUCACAUCCACUGUAUUGAACGAUGGGCCGAGCGCGAGCAGGGGAAUGCAGCGUGUCCCAUGUGUCGUCAGCCGUGGGAAUUUUGA